GAAGUUCGCAGCUUUCUGGGAACGCCAGAUGAGAUGCGCCGAAUCUCGAAUGCCUACUUUGGCUCCAUCCAUUACCGGUUACCUAUCAUUUCGGAGCCAAGGUUCAAUAAGAACUUUCCAACAUUGUUCACUCCAUCAGGGAUAGACUUUACGACAUUGUGUUUGUGCAUGAAGCUCGUUCACACAAGUCCUUCACAACAGGUUGUAGGAGAAACAGAAGCUGUAUCACCACACUAUCUUCUUGCUAAGAGCAGUAUUGGCUUACUUGAAGCAACCGGCUUAGUUACCUUGGAUGCCAUUCAGUCUAGACUGCUUCUUGUCUUACAUGAGGUGGGCCAUGGCAUUUAUCCGGCGGCUUCUGUUUCCAUUGGUAGCUGCGCAAGGUUGGCUCGUCAUGCUGGCUUGAGUAAAGAUUUCUGGCAUGCUCAAAAGGCAGCCAUUACGACUGCCGAUGCAGAAGAAAGAAGGCGGACAUGGUGGGCCAUACACAAUCUUGACAGGUACGUCUUUUUCCCAACGCCG